AUGCUCUCUGAAUUGAUAUUUCAGUGUAAAAAUCAGCAAUUCGGCUGUGAAUCACAAGUUAAUUAUGACAAAAUUGAGGAUCAUGAGUAAAAUGAGUGCUAAUUUGAAUAUUUACAAUGCUAAGCUCAUGAUGAUGGAUGUGAGAUGAAACUUACAAGAAAGGAUAUGAUUAUUCAUCAAAAGAAUUGUGUAUUCAUGCCAAUAUCAUGUGAAUAUUGCAAUAAACCUGUAAAGAGGCGUGAAAGCGAAGCUCAUUAUAAAAUAUGUGAGGAAGUAGAACUUUAAUGCAAAUAUUGUCCUUCAAUUAUCAAGAGAAAAAACUAAAUGGUUCAUGAAAAUGCCUAGUGUGAGGAAUUUAUUAUGAAUUGUGGGAGAUGCCAAGGUAACUUCAAGAGAAAAUUCAAAGAAUUCCAUGAUUGUAUUAGGCACCUUCAAAACUGCUAAAAGACAAUGAAUGAAGAGAUCAAGCAUUUAAAAGACGCAGUAAUUGAUAAAGAUAAGAGAAUAGCUGACUUAGAGAGUAAAAUGCUUUUGCUUUGGGAUUAGUAUCAAUAAAGAAUGAGCUGA